ACAUGCCCUUUCGCAAAUUUAAGAGUGUCUCCUCCAUGACUGUAUAGCCCUCAUUUAUCACAAGUGAAAACUGAUCCUCUAAAUUUCAACAUGAACCUUUCAAGCCAAAUAACUAAUGUGUAAAUCACACUAAAAAGACUACUAAUCUACCAUUUCUUCCCUCCACUUUGGGCGUGACAGUUCUUCGAUCAAAGAUAUACCUUUUGUUUUUAAGUAAUCAACACACUAGGGUUGCCUGAAAAUUCAGCAAGAACGUCCGGUUAUGUAACCAUUGUUUUUGCUUACCUUUUUAAUGUCAAUUUCACACACAAAAAGAAGCAAAUUUAGGCAGCAUCGCUGUCAGAAUUUGCAGCAAGCAUAUGCCUUGAGAAUAAAACUCUUAGCCAUGUCAGAAAGCGAGUGCUCAUCACCUCACAGCCAAUCCAACCCAACCAUCCCACACGCAACGCCAACCCUUUCUUCUUCCUCGCGACGAUCGGGCGCGGGUCGCCUCCGCCGGCGUCGCGCGGCGCGCGUGACAUUGUGCUGUUGUUGUUGCUGCGGGUGAAGCCUUGCUCGGUGUCAAGCUUGAUCGGUCGAACAGGUGGCGUCGGCAAUGGCGGCUGCGGCUGCGGAGGCGGCGGAGUCCAUGUUCUUGCCGUUCUUGGCGAUGUUCGCGGCUGUAUACCUCACCGGGUACUUGGUCGUGUUCCGGCGGUGGGGCGGCGCGCAGAGGGCGGAGGCGUCGAGCUGCUUCGCGUCGCUGUUCCACGGCACGCCGGCGGCGGCGCUCGCGCUCCGCGCCGUGCUGUCCAACCCGCGCGGCCGCGUCGCCGGCGACCUUGCGGCGCCCAACACGCGUGCCGACGACCUCGCCCUCGACUUCAGCACGGCAUACUUCGCCGUCGACUUGGCGCACUACCUCGUCUUCCUCCCCGGCGAGGCCCUCUUCGUGGCGCACCACCUUGCCACGCUCUACGUGCUCGCCACCUGCCGCGCCGCGGCGCGGCGGGGCGCCUACGCGCUGCUGGCCAUGGAGGUGCUCGCCGAGGCCACCAGCCUGGCGCAGAACCUGUGGACGCUCGCCGGCAUGCGGCGCGCGGGCUCGCCGGCGGCCGCCGCGGCGCACGCGAGGCUGUCGCUCCCGUUCUACGUCGCGUACACGGCCAUGAGGGCGGUGCUCGCGCCGGCGUGGUUCGCGAGGAUGGUGCGGUUCUACUACGCGGCGGACGGCGCCGGGGAGGCGUUGCCGGCGUGGGCGCGGGCGUCGUGGACGGUGGUGAUCGGCGCCGGGAUAGCGGUGAGCGUGCUCUGGGUGAGCAACCUGUGGGUGGCAUUCUUCAGAGAUUGGAGAGAGGAGCGUAGAAAGGAGCAUUGACCAUAAGGAGGAGCAUGUCCAUCCACGUGUAAUUUAGGGUCAAUUCUAGAUCAUCAAAAAGAACUAAGUUUCUAGAUCAUCAAAAUGAACUAAGUUUUAUUUUAAUAAAAUUUAGUUUAUUUAGUAUAACUAAAGUUAACUCUAAAAUAUCCGUGGAUCGAUCCAUAGCUAUCUCUAAUUGACCACAUUUCCUGAAUUGAAUUGAACCAUCGAGUUCAUGAGCGGUUGACACG